GUUAGCGUAGUGUAUUUAGUAAGUUUGAACUACAGCUGGGGUUGUGGUUACCUUCUUCUUCUACGGUUUCUACUUUGGUUGAAGAUACUCGCGUUCGCCCUCUACCGACAUGUGGGAUAAAUCACACUUUAACCUGCAGUAUUGCGGAACUUGUUUUAUUUAUCAUUUCAAAUAGUUAGUAGACUUCAGUGAAUACGUUUUGGUAUUCAAAAUAAAAAAUAUUUAAGGUGUUUAACUUCUUGGAAAGACACAUUUCAGAUUAAAGAGAGCCAGGGAUCUGAUACGGCGAAUGGCAACAACAACAACAGAGUUGUGUUCUUUACCUCGCUGCAGCUCACCUGUGGGUGCACCUGUCUGUCACGCUCACAUGUGUACACUAAAACAGAAAACAUAACCAGGAAGAAAACUUUUUCAGGAGUCGCGUGACGUUGACGUCAUUUGGUAUGUGCGGACCUCAGAUGCAUUGCCAGAAAUAAUUGACCUGAAAACUAAUUGAGAGACCCCAGAGCUGCAGAAAAAUGCUCCGUUUUCUCUGCUGUUGCUUCUCAAGUGAAAACUCCGCCAACGAGAGGCAGCCUCUCCUGCACCCCGCACCAUCUGACUUGAAUGAAGCUGGAUCAGCCAGGCAGACCCAACCAGCACACAGAGAUGUACAGACCGUUAAGCGGAUCGGCAGGCUGGUGAUGAGGCGAUUGUGUGUGCCAGAGUUGGACCAGAGGUUUUCGGAUAUGGCUGAGACCUUCAACGAACAGCACGAGCAUUAUGAAGCCAUGGUCCGACAUAUCAGAAACCUGCGUCAGAUCUACGGCUGUAAUCACAAUGAUAGUGUGGCUUUGACCGAAUGUGUGGGGAGGGUCAGAGAUGAGCAUGAGGCCAGGUACAGGGUCUCCCUUAAGAUAAAGGGCUAUGAGUUCUCCCUCAAUGUGGUUCCUGUGGGCAAAAGUGAGGAGGAACCACUGCCUCCACAUCUACAAUUGGCUCAGGAUGAAGUGAAGGGCAUUUCUGAAAGCGCCAAAGCCACCAUCUCAAAGGGGACCACACUUCAAGAGUUGAUUGGUUGGCUGCUCCGUAGCAAGGAUAAAAUGGCUGAGAAAGUGAAGGGGGCUGCAGCAACUUACCAGGAGCAAGGAAGACUGAAUGAGAACCUGGAGGAAAACCUGAAGGAAGUGAGGAGGGCAAAGGAGUUUUCGCUGGGAUACAGACAACAGGCUGGGGAAGUCAUCACUGAGGCUGCACAGAUAGCAGGGGCUUUUCUUUAAACAAUUAGGCACACACAGAACAUUGUGCAUGUAUUUAAAGUAUACUCUGCUCUGCAGGUCUUUGCAGCUUAUCGCACCGCGUUUGUAUAAGAACACAAAGAUUUGCGAUGAUAUCUUUCUUUUAAAUUUUUUAUUAAUUAUUUUAAAUUAAAAAUAGUAGUCUUUGCUAUUUGAGACUCACAUUAACACUUACAAAAUAUUGUUUGUAUAAAGACUUACAGUAUUUUCCUGGAUGGGUGUAAUCUUACCAGCUAACAUUAGGGGGCAUUUCAGACUCACUUUACUAUUCCCCACAGUUGCUCUUUAAUUCAUAUUCCUCAGAUUUAGUUUGUUUCUCAGGAAAUUGCGCUACAUGGAGGCAGAUUCCCUAAAUUCUAGACUCGGGUAUCAACAUAAUUCAUAAAUGACACAUUUUGUAGAAUUUUGUACCUGAUUAGACUCUUGUAUUUUUGCAAAACUUUGCCACAAGAAAAGAUUGUUCUUUGGCUGCACUGGAUUAUACAUAUCUUCUAUAAUGAGGAUAGGACACAGUAUCCUACAGCAGCAAUGGUAAUUGCUGCCAGAUGUUUUUUAUAAUUGUUUGUGUAGUGUUUUAUUAUUGUGACAUACAGAGAGAGCAGAUUUACUGAUUAUUAUCUACAAAACCCAUGCAUGUAUUAACUGAUUAAAGGCUAUCCAUCUGUUAUUAAUAUGAAAGCAAACAAACACAUGGUCAUAUGCCAUCUUGAUAAUUAAUUUGGGAAAAUCCAUUGUUCCAGAGGUCAUUGUCAACUGGUCAUGCAUUAUUUAUCCGACAGAGACAAUUUUAGAGUCCUGCUUUUGCCUUAAGCUUUAAAGAUUAAUUUGUCAUGAAGUGUAUGCAGGAUGUGGUGGGUAAAACCUGAGAAUGAGUUGCUUAUUUCUAAAUGAAAAAGUUUGGGAAAUAAAUAAAUAAAAGUAAAUUGACAACA